AUGAAGAAGUCUGCUCUUAGUGCUGCUCUUGCUGGCGGGGCUUCGGCCCCGGCUCCGGUAGCACCAGCCCAGAACAAGGGGACUUUCCUGGACCCAGCUGCAUUUCCAUGCAUAGAGUAUGCCGACGUAAUAGACGGAGUGAAGACUGCUGAUGAGUUGGGUGCGACUGCCGAGCAGCUUGGGAAUCUCGACAUCGCGGAUGUCGCGAUUGUGGGCUCGGCUCCGACGAAUGUGCUUUUGAAUGGCGUACCUCUGGCGGAUUACCCCCUUAAUCCUCGAAGAAGAAGAGCAGGAGAGGAGACAACUCCAGAUGUUGCUGCCUCGCUGGAGAUGAACGUGGAUGCCGUGAACUCGCGCACCAGGGACGGCCGCAGUCUGCGCCGCCAGGUGCUCAAGGGCGCCGUCAUGGUGUUCGUGACGGCGGGCUAUAGCGGGAAGCGUUUCAUCUUUGAGAAGGCUAAGGAGCUGGGUCUCAGGACGGUGGUGCUGGAUGGACCCGACAGCUGGGUGCGCCUGCUGGAGAAGGACGGUAUCAUUGAGAAGUUCGUGCCCAUCGAUUUCACGGAUGUGGACACCGUCUUCGAUCGCUGUCUGCAGGCUAUUAAGGACGUCCGCUCCACCAUCGGUGAGCUGGAUGGCAUUACCACCUUUUGUGAAAUGGCGGUGCCGCUUGCGAGUCGCCUUGCGGAGAAGCUGGGGCUGCCGUGUAACACCCCUGAAGCAGUGGACAACGCGCGUGACAAGCACGCGACCCGCGAGAUUAUGGCUCGCGCCGGCCUGCCCACACCCAAGCAUUACAAGGUGGUUUCGGAGGCGGAUGUGGCCAAGGCCGCCGCCCACGUGGGCUUCCCCGCCGUCAUCAAGCCCAUCAGCGGCGCCGCUUCUAUCGGCGUCAUCCGGGCCAACAACGAGGAAGACCUGCUCAAGGCGUUCAGGAAGGUCCAGCACGACAUGUCCCGGGCUCGCAUCGUUGCGGGUGCGCUGGUGGAGGGUGAUGACGAGGGCAGCGACGCAGCUGGCAAUGCGGGGGGCUGGAUCCACCUGGAGCUCAUGGUGGAGGAGUAUCUGGACGGCCACGAAGUUGACUGCGAUCUCAUCUUCGACAACGGGCGGCCUGUGUACGGCGCCAUAACCGACAACUGGCCAACCGUUGAGCCGUACUUCAACGAAACCGGAUCUAACUGUCCGUCAGUGCUGCCCAAGGCACAUCAGAUCGAGCUGCUGGAGCUCUCAGUGCGGGCCGUACAGUCCCUGGGCUUCAAGCUGGGUGUAUUUCACGUGGAGUGCAAAUACACGAGUCGUGGCGCCCGACUGAUCGAGGUCAACUGCCGCAUGGGGGGCGGCCCGGUGAGGGACACCAACUUGCUGGUGUGGGGGGUGGACCUCGUGGAGGAGCACCUCAUGGCGUGUGCGGGUAUUCCCGUACGGCCGCCUGUGGCGCGCAGGCCCCUCAAGCAGAUGGCCGAGUACACCAUCAACGCGCAGAAGACCGGCCACCUCAAGAGUGUCGACUUCCUGGACCGCUAUAAGGGCCAGGAGGGGGUGCUGUACGCGAGGCCGCUGGUGCAGCCCGGCGCCAAGUGCAAUUGCGUGGCGGACGGACUGCCCACCUGGCUGUGUGAGCUGAUGGUGAUACGACCGGACGUACGUCAGGCCAUUGCGGUCAUUAAGAAGAUGGAGCAGGAGAUCAAUGAUGAGCUGGAGACGCUCAUUGUAUAA